GUCAAGGUCAUUUGAUUUCAUGGUUUUUUACACAUUCGUUAGAGCGACUAUGGUGUCUUCCGGAUUGAUAUAGAAGUAAAUAACUGCGAUGCAUCUCGUUCUUUCCUCAGAUACGUCGUAGAAAGCUGCUUAAAUUACUAAGAGCUGCUGAUCGACCUAAAUCCAUCGAAUUUGUGGUAGUUUUCAAAAUAUGGGCUCACGUAUUCGUGAUCAUAUGAGAUUAUUCUUGCUAACUGUACUCAAUGAAGAUCCCCGAUUAUUGUCUUUAUGCACGCUAAAUGAACUGACGUCUGUGUUUGUUCAGGAAAUGAAUAUUGAACUCAGUGAAAAAUCCUAUUCAAAGCUUAAAAGUUUUGUGUGCUCUUUCUUGUUUAAUUUGAUGAAUGAUGAGGGAGUCGUAACAAAUGGUGUGGAUACCCAUGUUCAAAAUCAUUGCUUACCAGUUAAAAAUGCUUCUUCUGAACCUGGAACACAAAGGCCUGUCAUUAUGCUUUCUCGGCAUGAAGUAAUGGCAUUAGCGGCGGCUACUGUUGCUGAUAAAACAAAUCCUGUUGUAUCUGUAUCGAGCGAUGGAGAAAGUGUCAGUAAGCGUAUUAAACAAUUGCGUCAAACUCCACUAAUUGGAACUAGACCAACCAUCCGAACAGUUGUUAAUAAACCUGUGAUAAUUAAUGAAGUUAAGAGUCCAACCGUUUCGAAUGUAGAAGUUACUCCUCUUAGAAAUAUUCAACUUAUACAUACACCUAGAGUGAUUAUUGAAUCAUCCGCACAAAAAAUAGAAUCGUUUAAAAGUAACUCUACUAACAACAAUAAUUCAGCUAAAACUUCUAUCAAUACAUCUAGUUUAUCUGCAUUUAUUUCUCAAUCAUCAUUGAAUGAUCGUAAACGCCAUAUAUCGGCUCCAUCGUCUUCCUUUAUUUCUUCUUCUUCUGCUGCUAGUACUACUACCACGACUGCUACUACUACUACUUCUAAUAGUAAUAAUAGCAUCACUAAUAUUUCAGCUACGAAAACGGGUAUAACGAUAAAACGCCAAUUAAGCGAAGCAGUGAUAUCUGUUCGACCCGCAACUAGUCGUUUAUUGGACAACAAUUAAAAUUAAUGCUUCAAUGUUUGUAACAGAAGUAUAUAAUGUUAUCAAUACGGAUGAAUUUAUGUAAAAAAGAUCGUAUUCACCUCCCCCCCGGCACAUUCCUAUUAGAAGCAUUCAUUUUAAACUCAAAGAAUAUAAUUCACUUAUUUUCUUCAUUCUGCAUUUCUUUCCAUACAUACCAUAUUAUUGUAUGCAUAUAAAAAAACGGUAUGGUUUUCAGUUUUGUGACUUUGUGAAAGAUUAAUCCAAAUAUGUUCCAUUAAAUUCGUUUACCUAAAUUUGUAAAUAAUCAGUAUUUAUGUGUUCACUGUUAUUGUUUAUACCAGAGGCUACUAUUAAAUAGUGCAUAAAUAGUUUAAUGAUACCUGUAUAAUCCCUUUUUUGUUCAUGAAGUUCAUGUAAAUUCUACCGUAUUUGAUAAAGACUUAUUAUUCAGUGUGUAUAAAUAUAAAUAUUUUAUUUUCUUAAAAAAACAUUCUCAAAUCCAAAAAAGUAUUCUGAUUAAGUGUUAAUUAUAGUUGUGUGAUG